AUGACAGAAGGGGUACCCUAUCAAGGAGCAUGCAGACGUGAUAGUGAUCUAAUUAUCUGCAUCCCCCAGGGGCAGUCUGUUACGUUCACUGUUGUAUUAAUGGCCAUCUAUUCAUACAUUCCGAUUCUUCUGUUUGUGGUACUCGUCAUUUGGUAUCUGUGGAGGCGAUCAAUCAUCGCUGCUACAGUCCUCGCAUCCCUCAUCAUUGCAUUGAUAUUUAACGAGGGAAUUAUAAAGAACAUUGUCAAACAAAAAAGACCUAUCGAAUCAUGUGCUUGUUCAUACGGUAUGCCUUCGGGACAUUCAUUAUGCUCGACAUUGUUGUUAUUUUGGAUAUGUUACGAAUUUAUAUAUGUGCCAAUGGACAAGACAUUGACCAAACAAAAACGAAUUCUCUAUAUUGCACUAGCGACGGUUAUAUUUGGAGUUGGCCACACUUAUACCGUGCCGGCCGCCAUCAUCACCGACACGAUCGACAUUGAGAUGGAGCAGAGCGGUGACGACGGCUCGCUUGCAUUCCGUGUCGGUGAAGCACUCUCUGUCCACGAGGACGGGAGUAAGAGCCAGUCAAUUGUUACAAUCGAUUCAAAUGACUGGCAACAUCACAGCGCUGACCAAGAAGAAAACACAAAUGACAUGGACCGAGCCAUUUAG